AUGGAGCAGCCCGAAUCAAAUCCGACAUUUUGUACAAAUAAUUGUGGUUUUUAUGGUUCAUCACAGUUUGAAGGAAUGUGUUCUAAAUGCUAUCGUGAACAUGUCAAUCGUUCACUAACCACUGGAAGAACGAAUUCAUGUAAUAGUUUUUAUACUUCUUCUAAUACUUCUGUGACAUCAUCAUCAUCUCAAACACUUCUACCUAACACAUCUACAAAUGAUGAACAGCAAAUGAGAGAUGAUCAAGAUGAAGUUGUUGGUCAUAUGGAUGAAGAUAAUGAACUUCCCACUACUAUUAUUGAUCAAACAGUGAAUAAAAUGGAUGAUGAUAACAGUGAAUCAACUUCGGCUACUGAAGAACAAUUACAAACAACAAAACCAAAUAAUGAUCAAUCUAUAAAUGAUUCAUCUGCUAGUCCUAUUCCUCGUGUUGUAUCUGCUCCCACAAUGCCAAUAACUAUUUCAAGAAAUAUUGAUAUACCGGGAAAAACUGAUUCCAACAUAUCAUUUUCAGUUAUGGAAACUGGUUCACUAGGAGCUGAUUCAGCGUCACCAUUGACAGCAUCGAGUGUUGAUAAGAAAAAACGUAAUCGAUGUACAUGGCCAUCAUGUAAUAAAAAACUUGGAUUAACCGGCUUUGAUUGUCGUUGUGGUGGUCAAUUUUGUCCAAUACAUCGUUAUGCAAAUGAACACGAAUGCACAUUUGAUUAUAAAGAAUAUGGUCAAAAUGAAAUUCGUAAAAAUAUGCCUGUUGUACAAGCUGAACGUGUCCGAAGAAUCUAG